GCGGCGCCUUUAAUACCACCAUUACGGUUAUUACGCAUCGACAUGCGCCGCUGUACCAGCAGAGAGAGGACGAUAGCUUCGAUGAGUGUCGCUGGAUCAUCCUGAAAAAUACAAACACUCGCGCGGUUGUAGUUUUUAUGAGGAGUAUUUCCACUCGGCGACGGCACCGAUUCGAAGCAGCAUUGUUUACCAUUCUACGUUAGCAAUGUAGGUGAGGUCGGUCGGGGCCAGUGGACAGAAGCAGCCCCCAGAAGGUCCAGUAUAUGUGGCUGUGUGGACCGUAACGCUUGGGAAUGCAUCUCUCCAAGAAAUGCUCGGUGUUUAAAGUGGUGCUGAGCGCUCUGCUGAUCGUUGCUCUGCUUCAGCUCAUCUAUCUGUCCUUCUUGUCCAAGUUCCAUGGCAAACAGCAGCGCUACCGAUACUCGGAGCUGUUCGGAGCCUCGGGCACCAAGAAAAACGCUCAUCCAGAGAAGAACACAAGGAAGGAACGUCUGAGGUACUCGCUGUCAACUGGGGGCAUCUUUGAUAACAGUGGUCAGUACCGAGUGUACAAGAACUUGAUCAAAAGCGAUUUCACCAACAACCUCAAGCCAGGCUCUGAGCCCGGCUCCAACAUCCUAGCUUUAGCAACACACACCACCAUCAACAAUCUGCACUAUCUGGAAUCCCUGCUGGAAAGAUGGCAGAACCCGCUGUCGGUAGCCAUAUUCGCGCAUGGCCAAGACGUCAAGUUUGCCACAGCACUGGUGUAUGCGCUCAGCUUCUUCUGCCCUCACAUCCAGGCUCUGGUGGACUUCCACUUGGUUUGCCUCUCAGGAGAGACAGCCAGUUUCCCAGACCAGGACCGAGAGCACUUUGCGGGCUUGGAGGACUGCGCUUCAGUCUUCUCCAGACUGGAGACGCACAGAGACAAAGACCAGAACUAUGCCAUCAGUGGAAACAUCUCCUACCCCAACAAUCUGUUGCGCAAUGUGGCCAGAGCUGGCACGGAAUCCACCUACGUCCUGGUCAUUGACAUGGACAUGAUGCCAAGUGCUGACCUGCAUCAGCAGUUUGUUACCAUGAUGAUGAAACGAGAGCCAGAGAGUGAUGAGGUGUUCGUUCUGCCGGCUUUUGAGAUCCGACACGCACGGAAGAUGCCUUCUAGCAAGGCGGAGUUGGUCCAGCUCUACCAGGUAGGAGAGGUGAGGCCAUUUUAUGAAGAACUGUGUCCACGCUGCCAGGCCCCCACCAACUACUCCCAGUGGGUCAACAGUCACGUCAGAGGAGCCAACAGCCUUGAGGUUGCCUACACCCUGACCUGGGUGGAUCCCUGGGAGCCCUUCUACAUCGGGCCUAGCACCGUGCCACUCUAUGACGAGAGCUUCAAGCAGUAUGGAUUCAAUCGAAUAAGUCAGGCGUGUGAGCUGCAUGUGGCAGGAUACAAGUUCUCAGUGCUGAGCUCAGCAUUUGUGGUCCACAGAGGUUUCAAGAUCCAGGGGGAGUUUCAUGCCAAGAAAGACGAAGAGAACAAACGCAACAGAGUUCUGUUUCGCAGCUUCAAAGAAGGCCUGAAAGUCAAAUACCCAUCCUCCACCAGACGGUGCUGAUCCAAACUUCUAAUCCUGCUUGUUUCACUCGCUAAUAAUACCAUCAUCUGCGUGCCGUUUGAGCCAGAUAACAAAAAGAAACUGUUCAUUCAUUCAUUCAUCUGUGGCUUCAACUGUCAUUGUCCUUUGAGGAAGAGGUUAACUUCAUCUUUCUUUCUUCACAUCCUUCUAAAAAUAGCAUACGCUGAGAAGAUAACUUACAGUGCACUAAAAACAGUACACGAAAUUUCAAUAAACAUGGGCAACAAAUGUAAAAACUUUUUGUCCAAAGAUACAGUAUCAAGAAGGGGCACAGAACCUACAUGUUUAUGAGCUGUGUCCUUUGUAUAUCUAAAUGGAAGUAAAGUUACUAAGUGAAGCCAGAAAAACACAAUUGUUUCAUACAGCCGAAAGCGUAUGUCAUAAUUGGAUCACCAUCACUUUUGGAAUGAUAAACUGUUGCAGACUGAAAUGACAAGAUCACAAGAGCAGCAAAAAAUUCUAUGCAAUAAAAGAGAGGUGGUCAUAAUGUUUUGGCUGCGCAUAAUGUGAACGAUUCUUGUAUAGAUUUUUGGGUUCGCUUCGCUGCUACUUUGUUGACAUUUGGAGGAGUUAAGAGUUAGGGAUUAGACCUGUGGAUUCAUCUGUUCGGCCACUAGAGGGCGAGAGUGCAGUUCAUUCCACGUCCAGCUUCACAGGUCCGUCCAUUAACGCCAACGUCGCACUCCAUUUUUGGAAGACUUGAUCGUCUGAUCGAGUCGCACUGAAUAGAAACCACAAUGCAACUCUAUUGUUCUCCAUGUUACGCCCACAGUCAAGGUUGUGUCACUUCCUGUGGAAAUGUAGCAUGUUUUACUGCGUAUAUGAGGCUUUGUUUCUUCAGAAUAUGAAGCACAAACAAAAUGCUGUUGUUUGGUUUAGUGUCUGUAAGUUUGAUCACAACACUAUAUAAUGUACUGACACAAACACAUUUAUGCUCCAGGAAACGUACAAAACAAUUGUAUGUAUACCAUUUUUUCUUAAUUAGUUGUCAACUGAUGGUUUGCUAAACAGAGUAAAUGUUUUCUAUUAUGGCAGAAUAACGUCACAUGCAGUAUUUAUAUGAUAUUUUCUCUUGUCUCGUUUAUUUAUUUAGUGUCACAAACACUGGAAUAGGAUUUUUUUUAAUUUGGGAAAGUACUCAUGGCAUUAAAUCACAUUUGCUAAAUACUAAAUCUAAGUGUUUUUAUAAUAAUAUAUGAUAUUUUUUAUAAGUGCGUUGUAUUUACUAAGUCAGUUUCACUUCAGUAGCUUUCAAAUAAGAGGUUUUGCCUUUGUUUAACAUGGCAAGAGGAGGGGGCACAGUGCUGACGGGGUCAAUACAAUGCACUUCUUUAGUCGUAGUACAGAUGUAUUUGUUGUUUUUCAUGACUUUCUUUGUUGUGUGUUUGGUGAUUGUAGCCAAAUAAAAGUUAGAAUUCAUCAUGAAUUCGAUGGUGUGGAGCUCUCGAUCAAAAAUGACAUUAAACCUCUGGAAACAAUUUUCCAUAAUAGUAUUCGACCUUCACGCAACUUUCAUGAGAUCAGUGAAUCUGUGACAUUAUUUUGAGGGCUGGUAAAAGUGGCUCGCAAGUCACUGUCACAGCUUCUUCCCCUCGGCCGUCAGACUGUUGAAUUCGUGAACAGCCUUGUUGUUAUUUUAUUUUAUUAUUUAUUUACUUUUUGACUGCACGUUAUUCCAAAACACUUUCCUAGUUAGUGGGCUCCCCACUGACCAUGGCAAUAAAUUUGAUUCUGAUUCUGAUUCUGUCAACAUAUGUGGAACACAGCCAAAUUUACAGAUGAGAAAACUCAGCUUUUUGCUCUUCUUAAGAGCAAUCUCACGGACAUAGUUUUUUUUUCUGAGAGUAGGUAAAGUUAGUAGAGGUGGGGCGUUUUGCUUUUUAACUAAAACAAAGCGGAUUUUAGAUUCCAUUUGUCAGCAGUAACGUCUUUUCUGUAAUCAAUAUGAUGUGAGUGCGUGUGUGUAAUGGCUUCACCACCACAUCCGCCAGAUUAACAAGAAGGAACUGCAAUGAAAAAAAUGCACCAUGGCCAUUUACAUUUUAUGUAGUAUUUACCGCAGAGUGGUGAACGACAAAAGGGACUCAAAAACAAACAAGAAAUAAGUGUUUGAGCAAACAUUUGAAACUUAUCAUAUUCCAUUAAAAGUGACUUGUUGGGGUCCAAUGUCUCUUGAAAAGCCCCUGAGACAAGCAGGAAAGGCUCCCUACAAGCUAGAACUGACCAGCAGGUUUGAAUGGUUGCAGUGAGGCAG